UCCCUUCUCCCUCUCUCUCCUAAUCUCCCUUCCUCCCCCAUCCUUUCCUUCUCCCUCCCACUCGCCCUUCCUCCCUUCCCCUCUCUCCCCUCUUACCUCCCUCCCCCAUAAAUGGAGGCAGCAUAAUCCAACUGGCAAAACGACCUGACUUGUUCAUACGAUAACAGCUGCCCCCCUCCUCCCUUCACCCCCUCUAUCUCCCUCUCCUACCAUGCCCCCUCUCCUCCCUCCCUCUCCCUCUAUCUCCCUCUCCCACCCUGCCCUCUUUCGUCCCUCCCUCUCCCACUCCUUCCCCCUUCCGCGCCUUCUGGUCGAUGCGACGAUACGACACAACGAACCGCACUAAUACUCUGGCACGACGGAGAUGAUCGAACUCAGCAGCUGUGAUCCUGUUAACCACGAUGAACCACAGGAACCUCUUGCGUCUUUCCCCCGGAUCACCGAACCUCUAUCCUACGACGAGUUCUUCAGGGGGGUUUUAGAGAAAAAUCGACCAUGCGUAUUCUCCAGCAGCUUCACACAGGAAUGGCUGGCGAGAGAAGAGUGGGUCACACCCUCAAACACUCCCAAUGUGGAGUUCCUAAGAGACCACUUCGGUGAUGGUGAAGUUCCUGUUGCUGACUGUGAUCAAAAGCAUUAUGAUUCUCAAGAAAAGAAAACUUACAAAUUAAGAGACUAUAUAGAUUACUGGAAUAGCCUCAGGGAUCCGUGUUCGGGGAAGAAGAAUUGUCUCUAUCUGAAGGAUUGGCACUUUGUUCGAGACUUCCCUGCUUACAAAGCUUACUCUACACUUCAGUAUUUUGCAUCAGAUUGGCUAAAUGAAUUCUGGCAUGUACGUAGUGAUAUUCAUGAUGACUACCAAUUUGUGUACAUGGGACCCAAAGGAAGUUGGACACCCUUCCAUGCAGAUGUAUUUCGAUCAUACAGCUGGUCUGCUAAUGUGUGUGGACGGAAACGUUGGGUAUUUUACCCCCCUGGUGAGGACCAGUUUCUACGUGACCCAUUUGGCACUCCUGUAUAUGAUGUUGAUUCUCCUGAUUUAAAAGAUAUUAGAAAAUAUCCAAAUGCAGCUUCAGCCAAGGGUCGGAUAGAGGUUAUCCAGGAGCAAGGGGAAACAAUCUUUGUGCCCUCUAGUUGGCACCACCAAGUGUGGAAUUUGGAAGAUACAAUAUCAAUCAACCACAAUUGGCUCAAUGGAACCAAUCUCCACAGAGCAUGGUACUUCUUGGUAGAAUCUCUACAGCAGGUGGAGUAUGCCAUAAGAGACUGCAGUGACAUGGAUGAUUGGACUGGGCAAUGUCAGCUUCUUCUACAUGCCACACAUGGUAUGGAUUACCAUGAAUUCUAUACUUUUCUUCAAACUAUUGCCAAAAGGAGGAUCGAGACUCUCACUGGCAAGAAAACACAUCUCAGCUUUGGGAUUUGGCAGACUGGCAAGAAUCACAUCUUGUAUGACUUGAAGAAAAUCCAAUGGUGUUUGGAACAGCUGCUGGAUGACGAGCGGCUUGACACAAUCAAGGGAUUCUCCAAUACAGAAAAUCACCCUUCACAUCUCCUUGAUGAAGUUGUGAAUGUGCUUUCAUGAUUUUUUUUUUUACAUUUUGUUUCUUUUAUUUAAAGUCUCGUUUUCAAAAUUUAUAUUCAAAAGUAGUUUUCAUUAUCAAUAUAUAUCAUAAUUAAAUCUUGUAUUUUCAUAAGCUGGUAACAUAGAGUACCAUUAUAUUGAGAGAUUUUCUUUGCACUACUUUUGCUCAAAAAAGAACAAACAACUGGAGUAUACCUUCUUCCAGGGAUAUGACAUACACAAAACUACUCUUAUAAGGUACUAUAGUUAAAGUAGUAAUUAAUUGGCUGUAAUGUGGUUUUCAAGAAGGACUAUAAUACAAUGACUUUAUAGUUUUAAGGUAUUGAAAGUAAAGCAAAGAAGGAAUUUAGAGUAUUUAAGGAUUGUGGUCUACCC